UAAAUAAGUAACCUACGAAUGCGAGAACUGCUUCAGUCCGCGUUACAAUUAGUUCGGUUCUCGUUAAUCGUAAAGUAUAGACAAAAAGGGAAAUCUCUCUGGCGAUGAUCAUCGCAUUUUAUUCCAUUUAUCGAAAUAUCGAAAUUAAUGAGAUAAAAGACGAAUAGUUUUGUUUUAUUGUUAGUUGAAGGAAUAAAUUGUAUCGUUCGCUCUUGUAAUACUUCUAUACUGAAGAAAUGAAGAAUAGUGGCGCAACUCUAGCUUUAAUCAUCCUGUUGAACACGUUUGUCAGCGAUGUUGUUGCAUCGUGCAGAAGGAUCGCGAAUGAGGAGAUGUUGGAAUACUUUUGCGAAAGUGGCCAGCCCAGCGAUUUGAUCACCAUACCCGAGACAACCGAGAAACUGCGCAUCACCAGGAUGCACCUAGGCCGAAUUACCGCCGAUACAUUUUCGAGAUUCGGCGGGAAUCUCUGGGUGUUGAGUUGCUUGUAUUGCGAGAUCACCGACAUCGACCCGGACGCCUUUCGACAACUCAUUAAUCUUCAGCAACUCAGCUUAAAUAAUAAUUAUCUGACCACUGUGAAAGCAUCAUGGUUUGAGGGACUCGAUUUCCUGACAUAUCUUGAUCUCAACUACAAUAAUAUACACGAUAUCGAGGACGAUGUUUACAGGAAUCUACCGAGUCUCAUAGACCUUCGAGUCUCGGGUAAUCAACUGCGCUGCUUGAAUCUCAACGAAAUGUCGUAUCUGAAGGAAUUGAAGCGCAUCUUUCUCAGCGAGAAUUCCAAUUUUGCUUGUCCGCACGCCGUAAGUGAGUUUCUAGAAAAGCAAAACGUUGCUUUUGAGCCAGAUCCCGAGUGGAGAAAACUCGCCAGCGACACGAUCGAUGUUCCGCCGAGCUACAUGGAAGAAGAUCAUAGAACCUUGCAUUCUGACGAGAGACCGGAGCAGCCGGAAAUGCCCUAUAUACCUCCGACGAGAGAUAGGAUGUUUCAUCAGGAUCAUUAUGCGGAGCAUCGUUACCGUCAGAGAAGACCAACUACUACUGUACGACCGACAACGUCCAGGCAAAACGAAAUACCGCGAGUGGAGCCGAGAUUUCCGCCUACAAGAACUUCUCCACCGGAUUCAUCCUCGCAUCAAGUAAUGAUAUGGAGACCUUCCGAAUCUAUCAGAAUGAUAGGAAUCACUAACCAGGGACCACAAACGGAACAUAUCUCGAUGUAUCCGCAGCACGUUCUGACGUAUGAAACGACGCCUUAUCCGAAAGAUUCCAUUUUGGAGAGAUUGCGAGCUGCAGAAUCGUCUGCGGGAUCCUCCGUAAAAGAUAAUCAUGAAACAACAGUAAAAUCCGAUAGAUUAUCCCAGACGGGAACUACUUUAACGUAUCCACUAUACUUUGCAACGUCCAACGAUUGGGACAGAAUGACCCCUGGAUCCAUCGAAGUGUCGCAUCACAGCGAUUCCGACACGAUUACUAUCGACUCUUGGUCCACCGAUCACUCGAACAGACAUCCGGACUGGAGUAAUAAGCAAUCUUCCCCUCCGAUCGGGAGCAGUGAUGAUAGAUGGUUGCCAAACACAUCGAAUUAUUCACAUAAAAUGAUCGACGAAUCAUCGAACACCGGCAAUAUUCCAGUCGACAAUGUUCCAGUUGAUCAAGUGGAUCGAUCGGAGACUGCGACGAUGAUGUCCAACAUACAUUACGUCAGACCUUCGAUAGUUUCAUCUCCGGAAUUGAUAUACUCACCUUCAAGCCCGGGAGAGUCUGGCGAGUCCCACCAAGGAACUCCCUAUGAAGGAACGGCGCAUCCGCCCUUAUACAAUUACGAGCUGUCAACUAACGAUGAUGUCACGACGACGGACAAGCCACUACCCGAGUGUCCGACUAGAAACUCGGCAAAUUUCUCGAGAAUCCGAUCGUACAUCAUUGUAUUAACGAUGUCCCUUAUUAUCACUAUCUUUGGACACGUCAUCGCGGAGGGAUUUUAAAUCUCGUGCACGCCCCUCUUAUCUCCAACCGGAUCGGAUUGAAACGAAUUGUCACGUGAAAUAAAUUCCGAGUAAUUAAAUGUAUCACACGAGAGAGAAUCAGAUUGACAUUUUACCAUACAACGAAUAAUGUAGUACAUUCAAGCGUCGCGUUGUGCCACGAACUUGAGCGCGCAUUUAUGUGUAUUUAGAGAGCAUUAGAAUUCUUCUCCCCCAUAUAUAUAUAUAUAUAUAUAGCUAUCGAGUACCUGCUUAAGAAAGCUUUAUAGAAUAUUAUUAACCAGACGCAUAUCUAUUAUCAAAAGCGUGUUUCGAGACAUCUUUUCUCUGAAAUGGAACUGUUAUUUUCCGGAAACGACGAAGCCAACUAAAUCUCAUGUUGGGCAAAGGAAGCAGCGGAAGCUGAGCGUCUGGAAAAGAUGCUGAAGAUAGAGAACGAGGAAAAUGCAACCGCGAACGAUCUCGCACUAGUGAUUCAAAAUCGUAACAGGGCUCGCGCCAGUCAAUCGGAUAGUUUCUUCGACUCGUUGAUUGAGAAGUACGCGAAGAACGCUGAGAAAUCG